AUGAAUGAGAGGAGGACAAGAAAAGAAAAGCAAAGUGGCCCGGGUAUUGACUGGUCGCCGUGGGAAGACUUGUGUAGAACGCGAUGGAAGGGUAUGAAGCAAGAGAGGCGGCGAAUUAUUGUUGAUGUCAACCCCGGCUUAUGCGAUCAUGCUCCGUGGUUUGACUGGCGUCCCGGCCACCCAGUUCCAGGCUAUUAUGCGACCCCCGGCUGGAAUCUUGCCGAGGCUGAAUAUGCGGAGCGCCUAUUGGCCGGCGCUGGUGAUGGAGAUGCCGUGCGGAAUCUCGUGACGGCGGCGACUGAAGUCGGGUCUCUAUCUAGGUCAUCUGCAUACGACGGAUACUCCAAACCUGGCUACGGCGCCCAAGGCGGCGAUGAUUCUGGAGGCUUCUUUGCUGGAGGGGGUUCACAGCAAGGCAGCCAAGGUGGUGGCGGCGGCAAGUCAUAUCAAGAUGAAUCAUUACGGCCCUUGACAAUCAAGCAAAUCCUCGACGCAGAGGAACCGUACUCCGGUGCAGAGUUCAAAGUGGACGGCACUCCCAUCACACAAAUCACAUUCGUCGGCCAAGUCCGCAGCAUAAACCCACAGCAGACAAACCUGACAUUCAGGGUCGACGAUGGCACAGGACAGAUUGACGUCAAGAAGUGGAUCGACGCAGACAAGCAAGGCGAUGCAGAACCCAGCUUCGAGAUUGAUUCACACAUCCGCGUAUGGGGCCGCCUAAAAUCAUUUUCCAAUAAGCGACACGUUGGAGCCCACGUCAUCCGGCCGGUCACAGAUUUCAACGAGGUCAACUACCACCUGCUGGAGGCAACCUACGUGCACCUAGUCAACACCCGAGGCCCUGCCGGCGCGGCAGCAAACGCAAACGGGGAUAGCAUGUUCGUUGACGGCGGCGACGGCUUCAAUGCCGGCGGUGGUGGCGCCCAGCUCCCCAGCAAGCUCUCUGGAUGCAGCGCUUUUGCGAAGAAAGUAUACAACUACUUGAACAACACACCCGGAGGCAACGACGGAAUGCAUCUGAGCAAUAUUACGGGAGGAACGGGGCUGGGCAUGCGGGAAGUGAUUACAGCGGCAGAUGAGCUUUUGGGACAGGGCCUGAUAUAUACAACUGUGGAUGACGAGACAUGGGCAAUUUUAGAUUACUAA